UCCAGACAAAUCGCACAGCAAAAAGAGGCAGAGCUCCCCCCAGAUGCUUCCAUGCUUCCGUCUGCAGACCGUUCGGCUCGAUCGCCUGUGGACUUGCCUGUGGACUUGGAACAGCCAGAGGUGGAGGCGCGCAGAGUGCAUGGGUGUACCAUCCCCAGACCUUCUUUUAGCCCGUUGAUUGCCAGUCUUUGGGUACGGUACGGGGCGAGCAACGAAGCCUAUUAUUUGGUUGUUUUCUUCUGUUCCUGUCCGCCUUUCCGCCCGUCGGCCGCGUCGUCUUCUUUUCUCUUGUUCUUUUUGCUGCCUCUUAGCUCUACACCCACGCACGGGCGUUGUGUGGUGCCUGCCUCGACUGUGAGCACCUUCCGACUCGGGCAGGUUAAUUGAACGCCUCGACAUCGACAGCUUGGGCUCGAGUCCCCCGCGCCUCCGCCCAGCGGGAAGCCGACGAACAGACGCUGCGUCCCGCCGACCCACGUGCACGAAUCACGACAUCCUGUCUCUCCAGACGGCAGCGAGGAUACCCUGGGGAGAAAGAGAGGGUGGUGCAAACUGCACAGGACACACAUCGCCGCCACGGUUGCUAUUCUCAACGGUGCUGGACGGGCCGAGCGACGUUGGCGUUCGACACGCUCUGCCGAGCUGAAGCCUUGGACCUGGGCACGUCGACCACACCGACAAGGGGGUUGCCUGCGGUACUGUUGCAACGAGCCCUCUGAAGCUCUGACGGCUGCGUUUCAUGCGCGGUUGCCGUCGGCACGCGCUUGGGGGGAGGUCAUAACAGCGACAAGCCGGACGUCAGCCCGCGUGGGAACGGGAUACACCGUUGCCAUCUCGAGUCCUUCAUCGAGUCCACGGCGCGUCAUCUCCAGCUCGGCCGUCAUCGGGGACACGAGCCAAGCGGGAAGCGCUGCGCACAAUCCGAAAAGUGACGCCCAGUCCAAAUUUCCUUCAGCCACCCGACCUGGCUGAUCGCCUGCCCUGUGCUCCCGGGCCUCUCAAUUGCGGAACCCGUCUGCUGCUGCCUUAUAGUGCCGCGUUCGCGCAACCUACUAGCUCAACGACGCAGCAGCGCGAGUCUGCGGGACAGCAGUCUUUCCACUCACAAACCUUCUGGUUGUGGCUGCCGGCUUUUUGCUAUUGGCCUUCUUGUCAUCGCCGAGCAUCUUUCACCGUUUGGCGCCCGUUGAGCCGAGUUUAUCCUUCGAUUCAGGGCUCUCUUUGCCGACCCGGAACUCUAUUUGCCUCAAAAAUCGGGGUUAAGAGUAAGGAUCAAGAGGUAACGACACAACCCGCCGCCAGCUUGUCGUACCAGACGACUUAUCACGUCCAGCCUUGGUACAACGGAGGCUUGCGUUCGCUCCUGUUCCAGGCUCGUGGUAUCGCCGCGGCUCCGUAGAGCUGUGAAGCAAACGUCUCAUUGCAUGUCCAUUCUCCCCUUCCGCCUCGCCAACCGACGACAGGGAUCACGGUGGACCCUAGACGUCUCUUCAUUGACUCGAGUCGUAUUAACUAUCCCUCCCGCACCUGGAGCUUCCACUCUCGCCACACCUGGGACCACUUGUCUUUGCACCAACUAAAUUAUGGUGUGAGACCUGUCCGACGACAUCUGCCAUCCGCCGGACCACCGGAGCGUCCGUGACUUUCGCAGCUUUGAGAGAGCGAGGAGAAGAGGGAGCAACCAUGGUGUUUUACGAGGAUUCGGGAGCAAUGUCUAUGUGGGAGACUGAGGACGAGGCGACAGCGGUCGGCCGUGUCGCUGCCGGCGCCUCACUACCGACUCCGCUCGACACCCCUUAUAGGACGCCCUCUCGAGGUUCGAGGAAUUCGCGCCGGUCUGUCACCCCGCCAGGAAAGAGGUUAUCCGCGACGCCGCCAUUACCCACCGACAAGACCGACCGUGCCUCCAAGAGGUCGUCGAAGGACUUCGCCACCGACGAGACGAUUAGCAUCCUAGAUCCUCGCCGCUUUACCCCGACCCUGCACGCGAACCUCGUUUCGGAGAUUUUGGCCUUGAGGAGGGACCAGGAGGAGAAGCUCAAGGCGAUCGAGAACCUCGAGGUUGCCCUGCACGCUAGCAAGGAGGACCAGGAGUCGUUGCAGGAGAACCUGUCGGGCGCCACCAAGGAGAACCGGUCGCUCAGGCGUCAGCUGGAUCUCCUCGAGGGUGGCACCUCGUCAGCGCUGAAAGAGCUGGCCCGGGAGCGCGAUGAGGCCGUCGAUGCUGCUGCCGAGGCUAGAAAGAGGCUGGACGCUAACCAGAAGCGACUGCGCGUCCACGAGGACGAUUCGCGUCGGGUACACAACCAGUGGGCCGAGGAGAGGGAGGGCUGGGACCAGGAGAAGCGCAAGUAUGAGCACAAGAUUCACAUAGCGGAAAGCAGACUGAAGAUGCUACUGGAGGAGGUAGCGCAGUUCCAGGCUGCCCAGGCCGACGGGCUUGCAGGCGGAAACGAGAGUGACGCCGAAGACCGGGGCAAGGAUAACGACGCCGCCAGCGUCCGGACCAUGAGCAUGACCAACAGCAUCCGCUUCUCCAUGAUUAACGGAAACGGCAUGGGCAAGCCCAACGGCCAGUGCCUCGCCGACGAGCUCAACUUUGACGGCGACGACGCUACCGACUACGAGACGGACCACGGAUACGGACGCGACAGUGUCCUUUCGAACCACAUGCGCAACACGAGCCGCGAGAGUGUCAUGUCCAAGCUGCACAGGCGCAACCAGAGCAACAACAGUUUGAUGAGGUCCGACAGCGUCGCCAGAGCCAGGUUUAUGAACCAGCCUGCCCUGGAGCGCCUGGAGGACGUCAUCAGGGAGGAUGGGGAGGAAAUGCCACCUCCGCCCCGGCCCAAGGUUACCUACACGGAUUCGGCUGUGCAGUACUCGCCGCCGCCGUCUCCCAAGCUCAAGCCGGUGAAGCCCACAAGCACCGAGGCGCCACCGCCCAUCCCUGCCAGGGCUUCUAUGAGGCGUGACGACGGUUCAGAAAGCCCUGCCCGUGCUGACGGCGAGGUUGAGGCAAACCAGAGGCGGAAGCGCAUCCACGUCGCGCGCCCUGUCGUCGCUGAACCUGUCGCUCCUGAACCUGUUGCUCCCCAGAUCCAAAUGGUCUCGACUGCCUCGCAGACGGUGGCCGAAAAACCCAAGCCGGCAAUGGUUUCAUCUUCAACCCAGAUGACGACCGCCGCCAUGGUCUCGUCCUCGACUCAGACUGAUGCACCUCCCCCGACGCCGCCCGUCCUUUCAAAGCCCGAGAUUGGCCUGAUGCAAAUCCCAAGUAUCAGCAUUCACCCACCCACAAGCCGCCCCUCGACGCCCAAGAAACCGCGUCUGCCGCAGCUCUUCAAGGACUUUGGCUGCCAGGUGGCCAUCCUGUCGGCGCCAGCCACCGCCGUUUCAUCUGUUGGUGUCCAAACGAAUGAGAUUCGUGUCGACAAACGUCUCGACAAGCUACCCGUGCACCUUCAUCCGUCAGCCGUCACCUCGCGGCCCACCUCGCCAGCCAUCCAGGGAACCGAGCCUGAUGAUAUGGUCAAGUUCACCCCUGUCCCCGGCCACCUGCCUCCGCGAAACCCCCGGCGCCUUACUUCCCAGCGCAGCCUGUCGGAGAUCCCCUCAUCACCAUCGCAGUCAACGGGUGAGGCUGUGAACGUGGAAGAGACCCACGACGCUUACCCAGGAAAUAACGACGACGGGCCGUUGUCAAGCCAAAAGGCCCCUCUUCGACGCCCUCACCGUAUCAGCAGCCUGUUUGCUGGGUUCGAUGGAAACAGCUCCGACGAGGCCGAUGAGUUUGGUGACGCUGACUUCAGCGAUCCCGAGUUCAGGACCGCUCUGUCGGCGCCCAAGCCGAACGGCAAGGGCAAGAGGUCGUCCGGCAACUUUUCUGAUUCUCAGAUGCCGUCGAAGCAGAGCGGCAGGCACGCCGUCAGGUCCAUGGGCCCUACCUCCACAAAGCUGUCGUUCCCGGAUAUAAAGGACAGGCGUGCCUCGGUUCAGGACGGCACCUCGUCCAAGUCUAGUGACAGGGCGCCUCCCGCUGCUGGCCCAAGCCGCUUCUCCAUGAUGCGCAAGGCAGUAAUGUCGUCCCAUCAAGGUCAGAAGAGCCCCGAUCUGUCCGAGACCAAAGACCCGCCUUACCCAAUUCCCACCCGCGCAAGCUCGAGGCGACCCCCGUUCAGUGCCAGCGCGCCAAGCGAAGGUCAGCAGAGCCCCACUCGCAGCGGCUUCCCUGGGCGACCCUCGCGGAACAACUCGGUCCGCAAGGUCAGAUCAGCGGCGGCUAUUCCGCGAAGGCACAGGAGGCGGAACAGUCGCUCGCCGCCGCCGCCCUUCUCUCCGGCCACCGAAGACUCCCUCGAGAGCCCUGUGUUGCCGCCUCUGCCGCACAACGACAUCACCACGCCGCGGAGCCACGGCUACAGCAGCACCUCAACGAGGUAUAGCCGAUCCACGCACAGGCACCAGCCAUCGAGCACCACGGCCGAUACGGACCAAACCGGGGCCGGGUCCGUGGCCACGUCUGGCGGGCAGCCAGGCGCGACUGGGGUCGUGGACGCCAUCGCCCAAACAAUGGUGGGCGAGUGGAUGUUCAAGUAUGUGCGCAGACGGAAGUCAUUCGGUCCCGUGGGCGAGAGCCAGGGCGGGGACGACAGCAGCAACGAUCGGCACAGACGUUGGGUUUGGCUGGCCCCGUACGAGCGCGCUAUUCUGUGGAGUAGCAAACAGCCCAGCUCAGGCAGCGCCUUGAUGGGCAAGUCUGGGCGCAAGCUCACCAUCCAGUCUGUCCUGGACGUCAAGGAUGACAACCCGCCACCAAAGGGUGCCAACGGAUCAGUCUUUAGCCGCUCUAUACUGAUUCUCACGCCGCAACGGGCCCUCAAGUUUACGGCGUGCAGCAGCGAGCGCCAUUACCUAUGGCUGACGGCUCUUUCGUUCUUGGCGCACUCGCACCAGGCAGUUCCCGAGAAUCUGGCACCGUCUUCGUUGAUUCCAAAAGCCAUGCCCGACUUUGAGCUCUCCCAGCAGAAGCCGCGGCGCCCUGGAAUCCGCGACUCCAUCCGCCUCGCCAAGGGUAAGACUGCCAUGGCGCGUGGCGGAGCCGUGACGCCGAUCGGGUCCAUCAUGAGUGCAGCUCCCUCGUCGGCUGCCCAGAACUCGGAUUUUGGUGUGCCGAGCCUUCCCAGCAUUCCCGACUUCCCAGGCCUCGAGUCCAUAAAGUCCGGAACUGCCAGCGGCGUUGGCUACUACGCCCAGCACCAGCGUGAGCUGUCUCGCGACGCCGCGGAGCCCCCCUUCAUCCCGCGCUUCAACGAUACGAGGAUUAGCGUGACCGACCGGGCGAACCAGGCCAUGGUACACGGCCGCAAGCGCAGCAACACGGGCGGACACAUACCCCCUCCCAUCUCCUUCCGCGGCUUCUCGGGCCCGAUCGGCGGGGGUGGCAGCAGCAACGGCAGCUACCACCAGUCGACAAACAGCACAGCGGCGGCCAGCAUCGACACGACGGGCUCCUCGGGCGUCCUGUCCAACCCCUACGGAAACCCGGGCUUUGCCGGCUCGCAGCGCACUUCGGAGGCGUCGUCGCGACCCAGCGGGGCGACCAUGAACAACUUCUUCGACGCCAUCGGGACGGUUCGGAUGGAGGCCUUCAUCAGUCCCCUGGCACCAAACCCCGCAAUUGCCAGCACAUUUAACGACUACCCGGACGAGCAGGAGGAGAUGCGGUGGAGGGCACGCCGUCGCAGCAAGGAGGCCCGCCGCAGGAAUAGUCGCAGCCGGCGUCGCGACAGCUACAGCUCCCGCGCCCGGGAUGACGACUUUUUCCGCAGCGAAGACCCCUUCAAGGGCUUCUGAGUGGUUUUGAUCCAGCCUCCUUUGCCCUUGCCCUUCUUGACAGCUUCUGCAGCCGUUGCGGCUUCGUACGCCGCAUAUUACUUUAUGAGUUUACACCUCUCCGCCAACCCCCUUACCCGCCUCUCUAUUCGACACCUCGAGCUCCAAGGUGGUCUCCCUGCCGAACCACCCCUCUCCUCCCAGGUGUAUUCUCUUUUUACAUAUCCCUUCACGCCUCCAUCGAGACGUCUCACUCAUCUAUACUGCCACGCAUGGCCGCUCCUCGAAGCCGCCGCCCCUGCGAGGUCAUAUUACGCUUAAUCCAUAGGCAUCCUAUCACCCGGUACCUUCUACUACAUUUUACACCAACGCUUGCUGGGAUUGUCGGGCGUUUUGUAUGCACGCAGCUUGGAAUAGACGCUUUUGUUCAUCGCCCGGAGGAUUUAUCUCGUUCCGCUUUCUUUUCCUGGCGGUGUGUUAUCGAGGGAACGGCCUCGGUUGCGAAAGUUUUUGGUUGGUUGGCUGGCUGGUGGCUUCGGCCUCCGUCUUUGCUUCUCGCUCUCGUUCCUUGCCGUUGGCUUUUGCAUUGUACUAUCUCUGGUUUUCGAUUUUUCUUGUGUUGCUUUUGCUUCUUCAGAUUCUUUUCUUCCAUGUUCUUUCUUAUUCGUAAUGGUGUCUUACAAAAAGAAGGAUAUGACGAAGUCAUCGCCGCGAGGCUGACACGAGACGCUGAGCCGCUCAUGAGUCUCACUUUUCUUUUGUCCGGAUCCCUUCGUCCUACACGUUCGAUAUAGGGGAGGAGUGAAUAACCAGAACGAGAUUGGCAGACAUAGGCAUAUCUAGCUAGUUGCUGGCAUCGCGUACGUGCAUUGGAAGAGGAGCUGCUGUGAGAAUGACUGAUUUCAACCAGCUAUUGUAUCGAUAGUCCCAACGCUUGUGGAAAACAGCGUAGUAUGUAUCUAGGUAGUUUGAGUAUCAAGCGAUGUCUUUUUGCCUCA